AAGCGAGUACUCAAAGUGGUAGUCGCGAAGAUGAAAUUCGAUGACGAAGAAGAGAGCUCCUCACCUCCUAAGAAGAUGAAGCCUCACUCAUCACCUCGGCCGUCUCCGAUCCUGCAGUCACUCCAUCAGAAGUCGGCCAAUGGUGUGCCAGCGCCGGCACAGGAACAUCCAGAGGAUGACGUCCUCUCACCGAUAAUUCAGAUGAAAGUCCGCCCCAAGAUUGUCAUGGACUCUGCAAAGGAUUUAACGCGGUUUGACGCUCCCAGCCCCAAUGGUGCCACUGACGCGCGCGUCAUCAUCGUAUCAGAAACUAACACAACCGCAUGCGGGUCUAGCGAGCCCGUGCAGCAGGCACCUCGCCGCAGACACAACAGUGUGCGACAAGUGUCCGACACUCGGGACACCGACAAUGACGUCACCACACACGUCACACGGAGAGGCACUAACAAAGCUCGAGACACUAGCACCUCUCGCCGAGACACAAGCGCUUCUCGACGUGACACUAGUGCCUCUCGACGUGACACUAGUGCUUCUCGACGUGAUACAGACGAGAAUCGACGUGACAACAGUCGCAGCGUGACACCGGAGAGUGACAGCUGCGUGGAGAAACAGGAGGGACGCUCCAGAAGACCGAGGAAACAAGUCGUAUAUAGAGAAAAACCGCUCAAUAGAAAAUUACGAAGGUGAUCAUAAAUAGAGAUGUUUGCUGCGACAAUAUAUCCACACAUAUGCAUGUUGUAUGUUUGUAUGUCUAUAAAGUGAUUGUCAAAUAAUAUUAGAUAACAUAUAUUUACGUAAUAAUCAGUUACUAUGUUAAAUUAUUUUCAGUUGUUAAAUUAAUGAUUUGAUAAUUACAGUAACUGUUGAACAUUCCACAUCCCUCUAAUUGUCUUUGAAUAAAACAGAGACAAUAUAUUAAUACAAUAUUCUCUCCCCUUGUCUGUUAUAUACAA